GCGCGGUGACCCCUGUGAAGGACCAGGCCGUGUGCGGGUCCUGCUGGAGCUUCGCCACCACGGGCGCCAUGGAGGGUGCCCUGUUCCUCAAGACCGGCGUGCUGACCCCGCUGUCCCAGCAAGUGCUCAUCGACUGCUCCUGGGGCUUCGGCAACUACGCGUGCGACGGCGGCGAGGAGUGGCGCGCGUACGAGUGGAUCAAGAAGCACGGCGGCAUCGCCAGCACCGAGUCCUACGGCAGCUACAAGGGGCAGAACGGCCUGUGCCACUACAACCAGUCUGAGAUGCUGGGCAAGAUCACGGGCUACGUGAACGUCACCUCAGGGAACAUCACGGCUGUCAAAACGGCCAUCUACAAGCACGGCCCCGUGGCCGUCAGCAUCGACGCCUCGCACAGGUCCUUCUCCUUCUACUCCAACGGCGUCUACUACGAGCCCAAGUGCGCCAACGCGACGGGCGCGCUGGACCACGCGGUGCUGGCCGUGGGCUACGGGGUGCUCCAGGGAGAGACCUACUGGCUCCUCAAGAACUCCUGGUCCACGUACUGGGGCAACGACGGCUACAUCCUCAUGGCCAUGAGGGACAAUAACUGUGGUGUGGCCACCGAGGCCACCUACCCCAUCCUGGCCUGA